UGGGAGCGGGGAGGAGGCUGCCGGGGCCGCGACCCCCCUGCCCGGCGGCGCCCCCUCCCUCCCCUCCCUUCGCCCCCAGCCCCUGCGUCCUCUCUUCCCCCGCUCCGCUCCGGCGGCUCCCGGCCCGCCGCCACUCCCCUCCGCCCGGCCCGCGUCCCACGGCACCGGGGGGACAUAAAUCCCUCCCCGGCGGCGGCGGCUCGCCCGUCCGUCGGCAGCCGGCCCGGGGCGAUGGAGGCGGCGGGCGGCCGGGCGCUGCCGUGCCUGCUGGCCACCCUGGGGCUGCUCUCGGCGCUCAGCGCCGCCGGGACGCUCUUCCUCCUGGCGCAGUGGCGGGAGCUGGGCGCGGCGCUGCGGGAGCUGGAGGCGGCGCGGCCCGGCGCGGCCAACGGCUCCCUGCGGGACCCGCUGGGGCCCGGCCGGGGCCCCCCACCCGCCGCCGGGCCCGGGCCCGGCUGGGGCCCCCCACCCGCCGCCCGCAGCAAGCGGAGCCGCCGCGGGGAGCGCGCCCGCGGGCACGUCCGCGCCGAGAACGACGAGAUGCUCAUGCUGAUGACCUACUCCAUGGUGCCGGUCCGAGUGAUGGUGGAUUUAUGUAACAGCACAAAAGGGAUAUGCUUAACAGGCCCCCCGGGUCCCCCAGGGCCUCCUGGACUUGAUGGGCUGCCUGGCUACAAUGGAUCAGAUGGAGUCCCAGGUAUACCAGGACAAAAGGGAGAACCAGGAAUAAAUGGAAAAAGAGGAAAAAUAGGUAUACCAGGACCAAAAGGUGAUCAAGGACAGAAAGGAGAACCUGGAGAAAUGGGUUUACCUGGCAAGGAUGGCAUGCCAGGAGGAAAAGGUGCAAGAGGAGCCAAGGGUGAAAAGGGGGAUGCAAACAAUGAUGUGAUAUUAGAAGGUGCAAAAGGUGAACCUGGACCACCUGGGCCCCCUGGACCACCUGGACCCCCAGGGCCUCCAGGAAAACGUAAAGAUAAAGGUAAAGCACAGCUUCAGGAGAACAUAUACAGCAGCAAAUGCACAGGUGAGACGUGUGCUGUACCGAAUGAUGAUACCCUGUCUGGAAAAGCUGAAGAAAGAAUGCCUGGUCCUUCAAAAAAACCUGAAUGUGUCAUAACGUCUGUAGGAAGUCCUGUUCACUUUGUCAGUGUACAGCAAACGUUUGGAACUUGGAUGCGGGAACCCACAAAUAUAAGUGAUGAAAGGAUUUGGCUUACCAUGCAUUUUUCAGGAAACUCCAUAAAAGAAUAUGAGAAUUCCAAUGCCUUGCUGAAUGACAGCUACAGGAUCAUUAAUAUCACAGGAUUCUUUUAUGGAUGUGGUCAUGCAGUACAAAACAAUCAUCUGUACUAUCAAAAGGGAGGAACCAAUGUCAUUCUGAAACUUGGGCUUGAUAAAGUAUCAUUGGGCACACUGCUAAUUGAAAAUGCCUUAUAUCAUCGUCGUAACUACCUCUUUUCUAACUCGAAGACGUAUUUCAACGUAGCAGUGGAUGAGAAGGGUCUUUGGAUUAUAUAUGCCUCAAGUGCUGAUGAAAAUAUAAUAGUGGCACAUAUCGAUGAAGAAACAUUUUCAGUCAUUCGGCAUAUCAAUACUACAUAUCCUAAGUCCAAGGCUGGUAACGCAUUCAUAGCAUGUGGCAUUAUGUAUGUUACUGAUACUAAGGAUAUGACAGUAAGUUUUGCUUUUGAUUUAUUGAAAGAAAAGCAGAUUGAUGCAAGAUUUGAGUUACGGUCUUCAGAGUCUGUUCUUGCUAUGCUUUCAUACAGUCUAAGAGAUAAGAAUUUGUAUACGUGGGAGAAUGGGAGCUUAAUGGUAUACCCUGUACACUUUGGCAGAUGACUAUAUUUUUAAAAUGUCAUGUAUGGGAGCCAUGUUUGACUAAAUAGAUUAUUUAAAGCUAUAGGAUAUACACAUGGGGGGGGGGUCUGUUCACUUGGUAUAAAUUUCUGUUAACUGAUGGUGGUUUGUGUGUGCAUAAAAGGGAGAACAGGCACUUUGAAUAAACACACUUCAAUUAUAUACGCCAUUCUCGCCUUUUUAAAAGAAUAGCUGUUCAGUAUUGCAGCUGGCACACAGUUAGCACAGACUUACUAUUGUUUUUCCCCUAUUAUUCAGCUCAUAAUUAUAUCUAAUACAUUGAUUAUUCCAUGGUCGUGUGCUCAGCAGAGGCUAUUUAUAACUUUCAGUUGCAAUCAUCGUAUCUGCAAUUAUUUUCUAGUCCAUGAGUAUGGUCUAGUAUAAAUGUCUAAAUAACAAACUUCUGUGUACAAAUACCUUUGUUAUUUUCACAUAAAACUUUCCACUGAUUCUAUGUGAACUUUUUUUUUUUGUUCUGGCCAAAGAUAUACAGCUAUUAGAAAUAGUGGGGAUGGAAAUAAUUGUUUAAAUAGAAAAAAAGCAGAAAGCUUCAAGUUUGACAAGUCCAGUCAAUUAUUACAUAUUCAAAAGCAAACUCCAGCCCAAAUACAAGGAGAAUGGGAAUAAUGGCAUUAUUAAAUAUUGAAUAUAUAUGAAAUUGUGUUUAGUAAAUGAAGCAUGGGCAUGGGAAGAAAAUUAAUGAGGUAUAAAAUUGAAGGAAAGAUGUAAAAUUUAUGAUUAAAAUUCCCUUUUUAACAGUG